CCGUCUGUACUUCAUGGAGCCACAACCCUCUGACGUCGACUUCAAAACGCUUCCGUAAAUAUUCCACUCCGGUGCGUGCUGCUGCGUUUUGAGUGUACUAGCUAGCAUACGAAGUUUUUUUAAAUAUUUUGCAGCAUUUAUCUAAAUAGAAUGAAGGCCAAGGGAUUUGCAGUAACCCUCCACCUGUAAAGGUAAAGCGUUAGUUAGUCUAGCAGGUUACGGACAACGAACCUAGCUAGCUGGGACACAUUCUUUUUCUCGCCACUUCGAUAGAGCUACGACCGGAAAUGAUUUUAAUAGCAGGUUAGGAGGGCCGUUUUUCUAUCCCUAAUUAUUUUUCCUAACCUUAUUAACCAAAUUUUCCUAACCUGCUACAUUGAUUCUCAUAACCUGUUGCGUUAUAAUUUGUACUAAUCUGCUACGAAAAAGUAACUUCCGGUCGUAGCUAUAUCGAAGUGGCGCAAAGAGUGUUUCUCAUAGUUAGUUAGUUAGUGGACGUUAGAUAGCUACAUCUCCAAAUACGAUGUAGGCAUUUGGCUAGGUCAUUUAUAUAGUGGAAAUUACAUUAUCUGUCUAGCUCAUUUAGAGAUUAAUGUCAUCAGGGGGUUUUGAUUACUUUGUCUUUGUAGAGACAUUGGUGCAAAAUGGAUGUUGACGUUAAGCUAGAGGAAGAUGAGAGGGAGAUAUCCCAAACAAUCAUUUGGUCUGAUUCGAUUAAUGCCUGGAUAGAUUACCCAAAUUCAACAUUGUCAGGAAACACAGAAACAGGUUACCAUGUGGGUUUACAGAAAGAGCAUUCACAUGUACCUCCCAUCAGUCCCCAAACAACAAGCCAAGGGCAGAUUUUACGUAUUUUUCCUGAAAUGACCGGUGCAAGUGAUGGGGAGAACAGGGCUGUCAAAAUGGUUUAUUUCUGUAAAGAUCAAGAUACCAUCGGCACAUCUGAAGGGAAUUCAAUCAAAGAGCAGUCAUGGCAUUUAGCACCGUCCAGUGAUAUUCUGAGUCUGACAGGACAUGCAUCCACCUCCAGUGGUUAUUUAGAAGCUCAAAUCAACCCAACUUCACAGGUUUCUAGCCAAACACAGACCCAGACCAAUAAUGAAUUGCCCUCUGACAAUGUUAAUAUCCCAAGCCAUAGUACUGCCAUUCAUUCUGUGCUAACCUCACCUGCUACAGAAAGCGGCUGUCAUUUAGCUGUAUCUACUAGGCCUAUUCUUCCAGAAUAUUGUGAGCCAUUGAACUUUCCCUCUGAUGAAGAGGAAGACUACAAUGCCAAUUUAAGACAAAGACUACAAUGCCAGAAAACGUUAGAGGAUAAAUGUAUACGUCAGUGUCGUGGCAGUUACUCAAGACCCAACCUAAGAAAGUUUGGGAAAUAUUGGAAAGAUCCAUACGCCAAGUGCAAGGAAAUAGGUGUAGAUUUCAAUGUUGGAUCAGGAGGGAAACAGAAACUCGAUUUACAUUUCCUGACAUUUGGUGUAAUGCUUGAGGUGUCAGAAUAUGCUAAAAACAUUAAUAGAGCUCGCCCUCAUGUUAUCUUCGAUAUUCUAGAUUACAACUUUGGUCUUGGUGUACAAAAUGAACAACAAUAUGACUUUUCAAACAAGGUAGAAAAGAAAUUAAAAGAAAUGCUGAAGAUGCAUUCCAAGAGGACACCUGAGUGGUUAACAGAGGUGUUUGAACUUCCUGAUCCAAAGACAGUUAAAGUUUUAGAAUACUCCCUCAAAUGGGCACAGUUCUAUUUGCAAAACAGCUUGUCAAAUCCUACACCUUUUGACAUUUGCAUAAAGGAGGAGCCUGUUGUGGGCCUGAUCUCUCCUUUGCAUGUGACGACUGAGAGCUUCUCUACUAAGACAGAUGUAACACGGUGUGUUGAUGAGACGGCAAUCCUUGGCCCUGAAAAUGGGCGUAAUGAUAUCUGCGCAAGGUAUGAGCCUGAUAUGGGCAUUGUCUAUCCUCAAUAUGUCCAGACGAAGACCUUCACAACUCAGACAGAUAGGACAAUGGGCCAAUCCUUAAUAAUGCCCACUGUAGAAGAAGCAUUGAGGGACCUCUACCCCAUCUGUAAGGAAAAAGGACUUGACCUUGUUGUGAAAUCAAAAUAUGGGAAAACUAAGAAACUUGACUUGCAUCUAUUGACCAGAGAUGUAAUGUUUGAAUUGGCUGAUUUUGCCUCACAAGUGUGUGGAAAUUGGAAGCAGAUUGUGUGUGAUGUUCUCGAGCAUAAUUUUGAUUUGGAUUUAAAAAGUGGGAAAACUGAGCUGGCUGAAGAUAUUAUGGGAAGGUUAAGAGCAGUUUUGCAGCGCAGGACAGGUAAAAACGGUACAUGGAGAUGGGAACUUGAAAAUGAAGCCUUCUUCUUAAAGACGUCACGCAAACGAAAGAAUCCUGCGGAGAUGUCCACAAACCAGAAGGUCACUACAGCAUCACUUGAGCCGAAAUACCAAAUGAAAGAAGUAUCAAAAAGGAGGAGAUUGAAUUUAAUGAGGAAGAACAAAGACAUGGACAUGUUAGUAACCAAGGAGACCGAGGGAGGCCUUUUUUUUGAAGUCAUACAAGUAGAACCUCAUUGUGUCAAAAUAGAGAGAAUCUCUGAUGAGACUGACCUUGCACUUUGUACUGAUGAAACAAAGCAAAUUGUUGUUACCAACUUAGACCAAUCAAAUGUGACGUCUCACACCAAAGAAAUGGUGAAAGCCAAAGCGUGCUACCCACUCUGUGAGGAAAUAGGUCUGGACCUUGAUGUUACAUCCAAACCUUCUAAAAAGAAACUGGAAUUGAAUUUACUGACAAACGGUGUAAUAUUUGAGGUGUAUAAAUAUGCUAAGAUAAAAUCCUAUCAUAAAAAAGAAAAAAGAUUUGGGUAUAUUCUCUUUGAUAUUCUAAAAUAUAAUUUUGAUCUUAGUUUGCAAAAUCAGAGACGUAAUCUAUUUCAACUGCGUAUUAACUGUAAAGUGAAAAGAAUGAUUCAGAAACACAAACCUGAGCUCUCGGGAAAAGGAGAAAUCUCUAAAGAAGUGUUUAUUAUACCAAGUGUGAUUAAAAGCCAGGCAAAAAAAACUGUGCUUUCAGAUUAUUUUCCUGAAAAAAAUAUGGAACAAGAUGCGAGGCUGGUUUAUCCUCAUCGUGGUAAAGACACUAUCGCUAUGGAGACAGUUGAAACGAUCUCCGCUGAUGAAGCAGCGACGCUUGGCCGGCAUAAUGGACCUGCUGACAUCUACGUAAAGGAGGAGUCAGAUCUUCACUCUGAGGUCAAACGGGUUUAUUUCUGCAAAGACCAAGAUACUGUCAGAACAUCUGGAGAGCAUUUGAUCAAAGAUGGAUCGACACCCAGUAAUAUUCUGACUGGAAAUCUAUUCAGCCUUCCACAGUCACCACUACCAGCUGCAGAAAGUGGUCCUUUCGGAAGUCAAAUCGAGCCAACUUCACAGAUAUAACCAGAAGGUCCCUGCAGCAUCACUUGAGCCAAAAUACCAUAGGCUGACAGAAGUAACAGGGGGAAAAAAAGGGAUUUAAUGAGGAUAAAUAAAUGUUUAUAGCCAAGAAGGAAAAUAAAGUUGUCAGACAAGUAGAACCUCAUUGAGAUGAGAUGGAGAGCAUCUCUGAUCUGCCAGGGAAAGAAAAGCACUUCCUGACUGAGAUCUCAGGAAAAAGAAAAGCACUUCCUGACUGAGAUCUCAGGAAAAAGAAAAGCACUUCCUGACUGAGAUCUCAGGAAAAAGAAAAGAUGCAAGAUGGAAAGAAAAGUCUGAUCUGCUCGCUGUGAAACGCCAGUUUCUCAUUUGCCUGAAAAAAAGAAGAAGAUUAAUAUUGUUAUAUGUGAUGAAGUGCAACACGAGGUGGAUUCUUACUGAACUUUCAAAAUGCUUUGUAGUUGAGACUGGUUUUGGGGAGAAAUGCUAAAAAAUCCUUUGUGUUGUGUUUUAAAUCCUUUUCCUUCUGUGCAGAAGUAGGCCUACCUGCUAAUAAACACAGACUUUCAUAUAGGUAAAGCAAAGUCAUACUAUGACAGACUCUACCUUCAUAUAUUGGGCUGCCUUUAUCACGAUAGUUUCAAAGUUUCAAAAAGUGUGUUUUCAAAUGACUGAAUUCUACAUCGGUCUUUGGAUCAUACUUGGAAUGUGAAAGGUUCCUAUACAUUGAUCCAAAGAUCAUACUUGGAAUGUGAAAGGUUCCUAAUGUAACACUAGUUUUUAGGUCUCCCUGUAGACUUCCAUUCUAGUACUCACCCUGGAACAGAGUCAACAAGCCUUACGGAGAUGUGUAUUCAUUAGGCAUACUGUAGUUAAAUGUUUAAUGGGACGCUACACCAGCGUUUCUUGGACCAAUUCAGAAAUUGGUACACAAGAAAGGAGUAGCCUAGUCUUUUUAGGAUUAAGUGAAAAUAGGGAGACAUAUUUUAUUUGUAUUAAGGGUUUAGUCUUUGAAUAGUGGAUUUUUGCAGAUUCUCUUGGCCUUCCUUCCUGUUUAACGUUUAAUCCCUGGUCUUUCUGUAGAGACUGAAUACAGCAGGAUUAUUGAUAAGACUUAUUUUAUUUUUCUUAACCAUUUUACGACGUAUUCCUUGACGAGACAAACUCCACUAACUUUUACACGUCUCUGUAGAAGAACCUCUGAUCUUUUCUUGUUAGAAAUAAAAAGACGAGGAUAUUUUAUUUUAUAAGAGUGAAAAAACCUGCUAUUAUGGAUUGUGUUUUUAUGCUCUUUAUAAAAUCAGCUAUUUUUGUUUUUUGUUCUUUUUGUUUUUUGGAAAGAUUUAGGGAUCAAGACCUGCCAUACUGUUACCCACAGGUUCCUAUUUUGAACAUGGACUUAUUCUACCGUAAACUAAGAUUUUUUUUUUUUUUUUUUAAGGAUACUUCCACUGAUAUUCGUAGAACUGUCAUUUUAUUGUGAGGAACUGCACUUCGAUCAGAAUUGUUUUGUUCUCUGUUUUGGGAGUGAUCCUCUCACUCAGUCCCUCGUCUCAGUGCACAAGUCUCCCCUUCUUCCAAACGUUGCGUAUGAAUCAGAAUCCGUAACUAGUUAUGACACGUGAGCCUCUGGAUGAAAAGCAGAGUAUCCCUGAAGCAGCGUGGUCGUAUCAUCUCUUCUCCAUGUUGGACUGAACACUUUCAACUCGACACAAGUGAAAACCCCAAAUCCCUAAAGGUCCUCUAUUUGCCAUACUAGAGGAACAUGAAGUCUGACUCCAUCCUCAACAUGUGGACCUGCCUUGAGGAUGUUAGACACCACUGUUACACCUUCAGCCAUGUUGAUUUCCUGUCAGACUGGUUGUUUUUGAACUCUAUUCCAUGGACGGACUGACCUGAACUUUUACCAGAACUGGAAUACAAUGUUCAUCAGACUCCUCCUCACCAGUGGACUGAGUACUCAGACUGGUCGUCUUUGAACUCAAGAGGAACACAAUGUUCAUCAGACUCUCCUCAUCAGUGGACUGAGUAUUCUGACUGGUCGUCUUUGAACUCAAGAGGAACACAAUGUUCACCAGACUCUCCUCAUCAGUGGACUGAGUACUCAGACUGGUCGUCUUUGAACUCCAGAGGAACACAAUGUUCAUCAGACUCUCCUCACCAGUGGACUGACUACUCAGACUGGUUGUGAGGUCACAGGAAGUAGACCAAUCUGUUAGGAGGGAUACAGCGUUCUAAUCCUGAUUAGAUGAUGGUUAUAAGGAGAGUUCAGGUAGUAACCAGUACAUUGAGAUAAAUGUAGAUGUCCACACUCAGGACAAUAUAAAAGGCUUUGGAGAGGGACGACGCUUUCAGAAGGAUAACAGGGCCUUGUCCAGAAGCAACCCCCAGCUCUUACCUCCAAGGCACUUAACUGUAUGCAAUUGUAUUAAAUAAUGUAUUACAUUCUUUUUAUUAAAUUUUCUAUACACCA